AUAAAAGACGUCCAGACCUCAUCUACGUUGCUGCAGCUGAUUGGACUUGCGCAGAUACCCAGCUAUCAUUUAAUAAACAGAGAGGUGUACACCUUAGUCUGAGUUUGGCAGAUCUCGUCACUGGACUGCAGGAUCUAUCCGCGUCUUUCAUCACUCCACAACGCAUCUUGGCACGCGUGCUGUCCACUCCUGUCUUUUACAUCUUUAACAGAUUAUUACCACUUCAGUCAGAAAACAGGUGGCGGUAAAAAGAUGAGAAGCGGCUUGUUGCUGGUGGCUCUGUUCCUCGCUAUGAAACUCCGCUCGAGCGAGUCCAGCUGCGAAGAACCUGCGGCUGGACGGUUCAGAACAACCGCAGACUCCGAGGAGAGCCCAGAUUUGAAAAUCCUCCAGAGAACCCUUCUGAAAAGAUAUAACGACCUUGAUUACGACAGCUUUGUCGGGCUGAUGGGGAGAAGGAGCGCUGAUUUAAAUGGUUUACCACCAUCUCCACAUAAAAGGGAGAUGGAUGAUGUCUUUGUUGGGUUAAUGGGCCGAAGAAACUCAGAACUUGGUAAUAUGAGUCCUUUGAGAAAGGAGACAUACCCACAGACGAGAAGAGGAGGUGUUUUCUUUAACAAAUGCAGGAUGAGGUUUCGUCGUGGAUUAUAAACAUCCACUGGGACCCAUCUUUACCAUCCAGCCAAGGCAAAGCCCCCUUUCAGAAGAUUCAAUAUAUUAUUAUUAAUAUUAUACAAUACAGAAGAGCAACUGUUUCUUUUACAACACCAACUACUGCAGAACAUCUAUGACAUUUAAACCAACAUGUUACUGUAGCAUGCACCAGAUGGGUUGUCAUAGUAACUAACAAGUAUUCAGGCUGUACAUAUUGUAAUCAACAAUGGUUACAUCCGAUAAGAUCUAUUUCUUUAACAUAGUGUGUUCUUUUUCUCCCAAAGUUCAAGGCAACAUACAAUUUUUGUAAAUAAAACAAUGAAUUGAA